CUCUGUUCUCUUCGGCGCUCGCUGAUCUCAGUGUUCUGCUCUACUCCUUUCAGAACUCGUCGGUCUGCCGCUUUGCGUUCGUUGCUUUGCCCUAGUCGUUUCGUGACAGUGCCACAAAUCACAACACCCGUCGAGUUUUCUUAAGGGAUCCCUUUGCGAUAUAUCAAGAACAAGAAACGUCAGAGAAGAUGAAGUGGCUUAUGUUUUGUGUGGUAGCAGCUUUAUUUGUAAGCUUCACAUCAGCGGAAGGAGAAAUCUGGGAGGAAGAUGACCAUGAAGUUUUGAUAAGGAACGAGAGGGGCACCAAAAACCGCGAAGAAUGCAGGUACGGCAAAGGAGCCUGGUCAGAGUGUGACCCGAAGACGAAUAUGCGAUCGAGAUCACUGACACUGAAGAAGGGCAAUCAAACUACCUGCGAGGCAACCAAGACCAUCCAGAAGAAAUGCAAGAAAGCUUGCCGAUAUGAGAAAGGUACCUGGGCUGAAUGCAAUGCACAGAGCAUGAUGACAAGAACGGAUAAAAUUAAGCCUAAUAGCGAUGCUUCAUGCGAACAAAACAGGCAAAUCACAAAGAAAUGCAAACCGAAAGGAGCCAAACCUACUAAAGGUAAUAAAGGCAACAAAGGUAAAGGCAAAGCUGCCCGUCGCAAUAGACAGUAAACGAUGGAAGGAUAAGAGAAAGAAAUCAUAGGAUAAUAUCGUUUUUACUAUAUAUAUUCUCAUUAGUAAAUCAUCAUCAUCAACAUCUUUCAUUAUGAAAUCUAUACAUUUUUCCUGCGUUUUAAGUUCUCGUUUCUAACUCAUAUCAUUCUCUGGAUCGAAGAAAUUCUAUGAAAGAUUUCUUUCGGGUAGAUUUUGUUACAAAUAGCUCAUAAAAGUUACAUAAUAAGCCAUAUCUCCACAAUUUAAUAUUGGUGGUACUUCUGAGGUGACUGGUAGAUAUAGAUAUCUUCUGAGAAGCCCAGCAUUAUACAACACAGUUGUGAAAGUCAUCACUACAUAUGAAUGACUCAUCACUUGAAUGUUUCUACGUUUCCGACCAAUAUGGACAUCUUGAAUAGGAUAUUUAGGACUCCUUCCCUACGUCUCUUCAUUCUGUUUUUCUGUGUCUAUAUAGGAGCCGUUAUCAAACAUUUCAUUGGGAUAUCAAAAUCAGGCGAAAUAAUCAUUAAUUAACUGAACAUGUACUUUAAGAAAUAACCAUUAGUUAGCUGAUUUUUCGCCUCAUUUUUUAAUCUUUAACAGUUCGCAUUGAAUUGUAAACAAAUUCUUUCGUAUUCUCAUCAUCUUUCUUUGUAUAGAUGUUUGUUGUAGAUUGUAUAAAAUAUUCAUCGAAAAUUCAUAUAUGUAAUAAUAAAUUCAACUGAUACCAUAAGUUUUAUAAGUUGGAAAUUAAGUUUUUUACUGGUGAUUUCUAUUAAUGUAUGAUAGUGAUAAUCUGUAUGAUGUAUUACAUUUGGGAAACAAAGAUCAAUAAACAUUAUGGUAAUGUGA